AUUUACAUCGGAAGCCGAGACAUAGGAAAAGGAGAAACAGCUGUACAGGACAUCAAAGCUCGUAAUCCGGAUUCAAACAUAUUUGUGUUUAAACUCGAUUUAUCGUCAUUAAAAUCAGUCCGAGAUUUUGCCCAACAAAUUAUAAACAAUGAAAAAUCAGUGGAUUUACUCAUAAACAAUGCCGGAGUAAUGAUGUUGCCGUAUAAUACCAGUGCAGAUGGGUAUGAAUUACAAUUGGCUACAAAUCACCUAGGGCAUUUUCUAUUAACACUACAUUUACUGCCGGUAAUGAAAAGAUCCAAAAAGGCCCGCAUUGUAAAUGUAUCAUCAAGUGCCCAUCGUAUCGGUGAGAUUGACCUGGAUAAUAUUAAUUUAAAACACGGCGCUUACAGUCCAUUAAAAGCCUACGCCCAGAGUAAACUGUGCAACGUGCUAUUUACUAAAGAGCUCGCCAAACGAUUACCAGGCUCAAAUAUUAACGCGUACGCGCUUAAUCCCGGUUUAAUCAACACUGGACUGGAUAAAUACGUGUGGCCACCCGUUCCCACUAGUCUUAAACCCUAUCUGUAUUUAAGCCCAGAGAUGGGAUCCCAGACUACACUCUACUGUGCCAUCGAUGAGACUCUGGAUAAUGAGUCCGGAUAUUAUUACGAUAAUAAUCAAUUUGCGGUAAUCUUGUUUAGUAAUUGUCGACGCGUUAAGCACAUGGUUUCCAACGCCAGAAACGAUACGACCGCUCGUCUACUCUGGGAAUUGAGCGCCGAUUUAGUCAAUCUCGAGAAAGAGCUGAGGAUUUAA